GCGGCUGGCGGUUGGUACGGAAGCGGCGCGAGCAUCGUUCUCCCUUUCCCCCUGUGCGCGGGCGCGCCACGGCCUCUGGCUCCCCCUCGACGCUGAGCGCCUUCGGAUGCGCCCCGCCCCAACCGAACCGCCGUGUCAGGCCCCGGAGCUGGAGCGUCUUAGUCAGCGGUGCCCUUUUUCCCAGUAGGGCUGGGUGGGAGGGAUGCUGUCGCCGACGGGAGGCGAAGGAGAAGCAGACUGACGGCGGCGCUGCAGAUGCUGAGUUGUGCAAUUCCUUCCAUCCCACCUCUUCUUCAGUGAUUUAGGCAGGAUUUUUAGUGAUUGAAGCAGACUUAAAUCUGGAUUGGAAGCAAGUUAGACUGAAAAACAAGCACGGCAUUGAUGACUUAAGGAUACGUUGAAGGGCACGCUGUUCUGCUUAGCAACAUUAUUCCCGUCCAUUCAAGACACAAUGAAGCAACCACUUCUGUUUUUGGAACAUUAACAGUUUUGUCUUGUUCCGUCAGCCAUGUCUCUUCAGGAGUUUUUUGGUUGGCCUUCAUGAAUGAUUCCUCAUAGCUGCAACAGGAAAAUGCAGGACGAGAAUCUAGCAGAAACACUUUGGGGUGCGGAAGUUUCAAACCGGUCACUUUCGGACCCUCUGUUAGUAGAAACGUCUGCCAUCUCUUUCAGUGGAAAUAGUCAGGCAGUUGAUGUGCAUCACUUAAAUCAAAAUACAAAUCUGAAUAAAAGCUCAGAACUGGAAGUAGUCUGGAAAAGUCUUCCCAGCGAAGGCGAAGAUGGAACAAUUCAUGAAGCACCUCCAGACAGUUCUGAUUCCAGUAUGGUGGAAUCCUGCAGCACCUGGGGAGAGUUUGAAGGUUUCAGUGAGGUCAAGUUGGAGAACUUAAGCCACACCGCAGAGUCUUUGGAGAAGCUAAAUGAAAAACAGGCUUCAACACAUGACACGGAUCUCAAUGGCAGUCACUCCAUUACCUCAUGCAAGCAACUCUUUUCCAAAUCAACUGGGCACAAUAGAAGAGAAGCUUUUGCAAAUGCUCCAGUGAAGGCUAGCCUCAGCUCUGAAGAUAUUAUUAAGCUGUGCUUUCCUGAUGUUCCUGUACCACAGUUCUUGGAGAACAUAAGCAGCUUGGAUCGCAUGCUUGAUCCCCAAACCGAGGACACAGAUAUCCCUGAAUGUACAAGGAAGCAACUUUGCACUGAUUCUAGAAACUUCUGGGAAAUCCUUACUCACGCAAGUAACCCUUCUGGUUUGAGAUGUCCCUGGAACGGAUCUCAUUAUCAGGAAAACCUUUUAGCUGUGCUUGGAAUAGAUGCUCAUCAAAAGGCCCUCCCAGAAGGCAAGGAUGAUAUUUUGAAGAAACCUGAUGUUAAAGAAAACGAAGACUCCGAUGUUGGCAGGUUGAACAUUAGCACGUGUAAAGCUCUGAUUCAAACCAAGCUUUCCGUAUCUCCUGAUCCAAAGCAGAGCCAUCUCUUCACUUAUAACCUGUUCUUGAAGAAGACACCGUCUGGUGGAAAUAUGCAAUAUAUCACAGUUCCACAAAAGAAGCGGAUUUUUACCACCCAGAGCCUAAAGAUGAAAAUCUUUAGCAGCAAUGUUUGCUAACAUGGACACUUCUAUUCUUUUCACUUUAAAAAUUUGUACUCUAUUACUACGUUGGUAAUUUUUAAGAUUAGAAAUGUUUCUGGAGGAAGUGAACUGCUUCAUGUAUCUAUCUUCAUUCUACAGACAGGGGAUGUGGAUUAACAGGCUCAUGUUGCCCAUGACAAACUUUACCAGGAGCGGUGGAAAAAAUUGGAUGGUAAACUAGUGAAUGCUGUUACAAACAGAAGAUGUACUGUGUUCUCGCUCAUUCCUGCCAUUAUGAAGCAUCCUUGCAAGACUGAAUGGCAUUUUUCAAACCCUCCUAACCGUGCCCCAAAUUAAAACACAUUUGUGUUGUGGUGUGUUUGUAUUUUGUCACCAUUUUCCCCGGCUGCUUCUGUACAGUUUACUUGUACAGGUUGUUUCUGCCUGUUACUAUUGAUCUCCCCCCCCCCCCCCCCACUCACAGCAAACAGAUAAUCCUGCUUGGUUUCAUUAGCUUAUUCCUAUUGAGUUUACAGUGGCUUAUGUCUUUUUCACAACUGUAAGUACCUACCAGGGUCUUCAGAGAGUCUAUCAUUCAACUACUACAGAAGUUCCCUUCCUACUACAAGAGGUUCCAAGUUAACUCCCUGGCUUCUCCAAGAUAGGGAUGAGAGAGAUUCCUGCCUGCAACCUUGGAGAAGCCGCUGCCAGUCUGUGAAGACAAUACUGAGCUAGAUAGACCAAUGGUCUGACUCAGUAUAUGGCAGCUUCCUAUGUUCCUAUACUAUCCUUAUGUCUUGACCCUUCUCCAAAUAUCUGCUUUACUUUUCCAAAAGAAACUAGAAUGAACAGUGGCAAAGUACUACAUGUUUAGGCAACUCAAGAUUUUGUAAAUACAAAUCAGUACUAUGUAAUAAUGCACUAUUUCAGAGGUUGUGGAUGUAAAUUACAAUACUUUCUGCAAUAAUAAUGCAACCUUAGCACAGUAUGGGUUUGGCCAGCUCUUUUUUCAAAUUAGCAGGGUUUCUUUUUUAGCAUAAUAAGAAAAAAAUAGCACAACAGGGAAGGGAGAGGGAAACUCCCCACCCUAUGCAGUCUUUUCCUCUUGUGGCUAGCACAGAUUUUUUGUUUUUUUUUUUUGCAACAGGACUUGAAUGCACAGCCUUGUGGCACUGGCUAUUUCUCAUACAUGUGCCUCUGUGUAGGGAAAAGAGAUGUGCUGCUUGGUGGGGAGAAAUUCCAUUCAGAGAUCCGUGGAGGAGGCCGACAAUAUGAAGGAAGAAGAGGCAUGCUGAUUGUUGGUGUCUUGGGAGUCUGGUUUUGUAGUCUCUUGCGUGGUCUCCUCAGGUGCUGCCCAUGGAGAAGAGGAGGAGAAAUCAGCUGCUUUGCAAUGUCUCAGCAUUGCACAAGGGGAGGGGGGGGCAUGGAGACCACAUUUACAUGUCUGAAAGAGCAAUUGGCUACCCCUUCACCUAUUUUAAAACGGCUAUGGCUUUCCUCAAAGACUGAUGGUUGAUCUGCUGUGGAGCGGAAUGGAGCACUUGUGCAGUUGCAAGUGUGUGCUGCAGAGCCACUGCCAGUCAGUGCACAUGAUGAGUUCAAGCUUACCAUCUUCUAGCAACUCUUUGUUUGCUGGGGAGUCCUCUUGUGCAGCAAACUCAGGCAUGUUUGAGGGUGCAUGCUGAGUUGAGGUAGGACAUAUUAGUGGCCUUGAACCAGCCAACCUAAAAAUUCACCCAAUAUUCCUGGGCUGUUUUUCAGUGAAGUUUGCCUGACAUUAUUGGUCAUCUUGCUGAGCAAUCCCAAUCUGAGCACUGCUCUUCUAGAAAAACAGAAUCCCUCUAAAUUAGAAAGUAUUGCUUAAACAUAGUGGAAUGGUUGCCUUGCUUUCUUCUAACAGGUCUUUGUGAAUGUCCGCCAGGAUGCUGUUCUGAGACGGUUUCAUCUGCCUCUGCUUCUCUCCACUCAGCCUUCUCAUGCCACAUCUAUAGCCUGCCCCUAAAACUUCUGCAGUAGGUCAAGAGUAACUACUCCUUUAUUCAAGCACUGCCACUUUAGAAGCACUGAGCCUUGCUUUUAUUACCAAAUAAGAUGGAGCAUGGUAGGACUGCUUGCUACUCCCCACUCCAAAUACAAAGUGGAUUCAUUUGAUUGUGUUUUAUAACUUUACUAACCAUUUACAUUCUGAAGUUGCUUUGAGGCCACCUUCAAAUGCUUUGAUGAAGCCUUCUCAUCCUUAUCUCCUGUGGGUGCACACACAUUGUGGCUGGCACUGGUCUUUCUCAUGCCUGCCAGUCAAAGGGACAGAAGGGCCUAGCAAGUUGGCCCAAUCCUGCAACCAAUGCCAGUGUGAAAGCCCAAUUCCCAAGUGUGCUUAAGAGCUGUGUGGGUUGUAUUCUCUGUUUUGGAGUAAAACUAGUGUAGCACUAUAAUCAUUACUAGAAGCAGCAAUGUACUUGUUUUCCCCCAUUGCAAUAGUUCCAUUCAACUGCCAGCUUCCUCUGCAUAGUAACUCCUUAAGAAUGGGUGGACCAAAGUGCCUGCAGUGAGGUGGGGGAGCCCAUACUAUUGUGCAGGUAUGCUGCCAUCCUUGUGGGAGCAUUGGUCAAGCUGGAGCUGGAAAAACUCAGACCUUUGACAGGACGGUUGACAUAGAACUAACCAAUCUGCACUGAUAUUUUUUUGUAACACUGCCUUUAAUAAAAUGUUCACAGUAAUGGA